AUGGGCGACCCUAACUCAGAGGGGAUCUCCUGCGAGAUACUAUACACAGGCCAUCUGAGAGCAGACAUAACAGCGUACUCUAUCAUGCUUGAGAUCUUGAUUUUCGAGGGUUCGCAGCUGUGUAUUCCUGCAGCCCAAGGUAAUAUUGAUUUUCCAUCCAAAGGAGAAGGGAGAAUGGUUAUGGUGACUAUCGACGGCGACAAUUUGAGGUGUCCAGGCGAAGAAGGGCUGCCUGGGGUAUUCCACACUCCUUGUGUGUUGCAGGCAAUCAUGCAGAACCCGCGGAUUGGCGGUGUCUGGAUUAUCCGUUUGUGCGCAGCUCCCAAUGAAGAAACUGGAGAAUUCCAGUCAUCGGAAACUGACUGGGAGACGGUCUCAGACAUCGCUCGUGGGCACAUACUUGGGAAAGAGUCCAACAACUGCAACAACCACGUGGUUGACACAUACCUCAAACAACUGAAAUACCUGGAUUCGAGAUUAAGAGCCCGAUAUCAGAAGCAGGGAAGCUCGCAGAGUGAACAUGGUCAAGAUACACCUGAUAGUGCGGCAACUACAAGUCUUUCGACACGGAAACCUACUUCAGGCCACGAGCAUAAGGCAUGA